GCAACGCAUGGCCUAGGCCUUUCUGAUUAGGCUGUUCUUAUUUCGCGGACCUGAGUGAGUCCGUCAGUAGUCUGAGUAUACCUGCUCACGGCCGACUGAUGAGGAUGCUUCCAGACAGCAAGGAUUCGCGGAAAGUUUUAUCGCUGGCAUAGCUGCAUCUGCGUGACUGACGGCUAGAGGCAUGGCUGUACGUGGUGGCGUUAACUGGGUAUAGGAUAGAGCAAGCUGUUCAUCGCUCGUGAAUCUAAAGAAGACGUGUGGAUCUUGAGUUUGAAAGAACAAGCCCACAUUGUGCGUUGCGAUGUGAUCUACUUGUCUGCUGAUCUACCAGUUUGAGCUCUCAGGCAAUUCUUGGCUUACACAAAGCCCGCACUUGGAUUAUAUAGCAUAUCACUGGAGAAACUCGGGCUGGCGAGCAGAAAACUGUAGAAUAAUCAUGUCAACAACAAACAUCAGUGUCACAACGGUACCAGCCAUGGCUGGCAUCAGCAAUUUCAACGACACAUUCGGACAUGGAGAGCUCGAGAAAUACGAUGAAUUCAUCGCUGCGUUGUAUAUGAACAAAUGUGGAUUGUGGAUUUUGACAAUAGUUGGACUUGUAUGUAACACGCUCGCCUUCCUGACAAUUUCUUCCAUAAAGCCCUUCGCCGCGUCUUCCUUUUCCGUGGCUCUUCUGGCCAUUCUGGACACAGUUGUGUUGGUCAUGAGACUGUUUUAUCAUCAGCUCACGGCCUAUGACGUCUCCAUGGGGGAUGCUGGUUGUGCCAUCCUCAGCUUCCUUGGGUCGUUUUUUCUCCAUCUAUCUACCUGGACUUUGGUCACAAUGACAAUAGAGAGGUUUGUAGCCGUGUGGUUUCCGCUUCGAGUGUCGGAAUUUUUCACUCUGAAGAGAGCCAAGUUAUCCAUACUUAUAAUUUCGUUCAUCCUUAUCUUGUUGAACAUGCAUGUCCUCUGGAUGACUCAUGAAUACAUGAACCCUUUUCCUCCAAUCGCCUUAGACUGCGGCUUCAGAAAUGAGUACAAAGAAUUCGAGGCUGACGUUUGGUUCUGGGUUAACUCCUGCGUCUACGCCUUCAUACCUUGUGCGUCUAUGAUCGUCCUUAACGCUCUUAUCAUAUUCGGUCUGCACAAGUCCUUCAAGAUGCAGAAACAGAUGAUCAACGGCGAAUGCAGUUCAUCCAGCAAGAACAUGCAACAGAGGCAAAUAACCAUCAUGCUGGUGACCGUGUCGGUGGCCUUUGCCGUGUUUCUGCUGCCCGUGUGUAUAUUUUACCUGGCGCGGUGGGAGCCUAAGACCCUCCGCGAGACAGCUCGCUAUUACCUUACCCAUGAGAUCGUAUUCUUCGUAGCGGAGUUGCAUCACGCAGUGAACUUCCUCUUCUACUUCUUCAGCAGCCGUAAAUUCCGCACAAUGAUGAUCCGUCUUGUCACUUGCAAGUACCCGUCGACUAGGCGAUCCGUGUACCAGUCACAGCAAGGAGCAACAUCCACAACCCAAAGUACUUCAAUGUUCAACGAGCUCUGAGAGAAAAAUCCAAAGGGAGCCAUGUAUCUGUGGGACUGGCCACCGAAAACGAAUUCUCAAGGGUGUAAUAGUAGCAGAAAAACUUUUGUCUGAAAGGAGGGGAACCGCGGACACAGAAUGCAUUGUACGCUUUCAUUCAUUUCAAUGGACUUUAAUCGACUUUGGGAAAGAAAACGCAUGGAAUACAAGGUGUGAAUGGUUAUCAAACAGCGUCUAGAUCUGCGUCUAUAGUUCGAUGGCAGUGUCCUACACGUGGUAGUUCAGUUGAAAACUUGGAGGCAGCUCAUGGUCUCGCAGCUCUGAGAUGCAUGUUGGUUUAGUUGAAUACUUGGAGGCAGCUGAUGGCCUCAUACCUCUGAAAAGCGUUGGUGGGUGCCAUCCAUGUACGAUGCCUCCCUGAUAAUGCUAUGUAAAAGGAACAGUCGUGAUUUACUGUUUGAACUAUUUACCUACUGCCAUGCAACAUGUCUUCUGCCCGAGAGGUCAACGCUUCCCAAGGCAUCAAGCGCGGCGAGGACGUCUGUUUGGUGUCAGAGGGACACAGUUACUUGUUUACACAAAAAGUUCUGAAGGAGUAUAGUUAUUUCAUCUUUUUCAUAUCCCAUCUACCCACAUUUUUACAAGAAAUUUGUUAUCGUUUCUUAUAGCAUUUUAUCUGUAACACUGGCAACGUGUAGCAUACAAACCAAGCAUACAUUCUUCCAACGCUGCUGUGAAUGUUGACCCCAUUCCCCUCCCCCCUUCAAAAUGCCCCCUGUUUCUGAAAUUAUCUUGCAGCCUUAAUAGCGACGUAGUAACAUUCCCGAGUAAUUUUCAGAUGUGGGCUGAUCAAAUAAAACAGUGUUACAAAUCUCAGGAAAAUGUGCAAUAUAUAUAUAUAUAUAUAGUAGUUACAUUUCCUUUCCCUUUUAAUCCGCAUGGUGCGCUCUCAGGAUUCAAUUCCCAAACAAAUAUAUUUCAACUUUAAAAUUUUAAUUCAUUUUACAGGAUUUAGAUUUUAAUGGUUUCCUAUAGAAAAGCUUUCCCGCUGCGGAUAGCAAUCAAGAAGAUGAAAAUGACACUCAGAGCAUCCGCCUCACCGGACUGAGACAAAUUCGUCGCUCUGAUGGCUUUUGAGCACAUUCACAGGGCUUUGCUUCGACAUUAUCCCUUGUGAGUUGUUAUAUUCAUUAAACCUAGAACUCGAUCCUGUGCUUCCUCCAAGGUGCCAAAGUUGUUAAUCACAAAAACAAGAAUCUCUUCGGUUGCCUAAUGGUUAGAAAGUGAACCUCGAAAUCCGAAGGCCUGGGAUCAAACUCGGUUCAGGUCAUAUUAAAGACUUUAAACAUGGUGCUUGUUGCUGCCUCGCUUGGCGCUCAGCUUUGAGAGGUUAGAGAGAUCCUGAAAACAGGACUGGAUGUCAGUAUAACCUGACUGGUUGGAUGGAGUGUAGGCACAGUAUAUAUGUAAUUACAUGACUCCGUUGCCAGGCUGGUGUUCGCUACACUUACCCAUGCUUUAAGGUGUAUUUCAUUUUUUUUCACAAAAUUUACUUCUUUUCAUCUAGAAUCAUUAAAAUUGCUAACUUUAGUUUUUUGCUAACUCCUGAACAUGUAAACAUCUCCGUAUUAUUGCAUGGUUUAUAACAGUUUAUUUUCUUUUGCAAAAUUAUCUUCUUCAGGACGAUGCGGAAUGUGUACCCGGCACCAGCCUGGCAAUAAAUUCCUCAACUGCGGUUGGCGAAUUUCGGAUAAUGUUCAAGUAGACGCGUCGGUUACAAAUGUUAACGACAUGGUUGUGAUUAUUCACAAAAAGAUAAAGAGAUAAGAAAUCAGCAUUGAAAUGAUGAAAGGAAUUGUAAUUUAAUGGCGUAUACCUACACCUUCAAGAUGGCGCAGGAGACAGAUUU